ACAGCUACCCCUUUCGCGCACUAUAUCCAUCUCCGCUCCGCAGCGCGCACGCCGGCCAUAAACCCUGCUUCGAGGCCCGUACCGUUCCAUCCCAACAGCAUAGCGCACCCACGCCGCCGCAUUGUCGGGCUAUCUACCAGGUGGGAACCGCCCUCCCACCACCACCACCACAACCACCAGCAUGGCGGCCUCGGUCACCUCUAAGAUGGCGGCGAGGGCUGGUGGAGGCUUGUUCAGCCGAGAACAGACGGGCAACGUGCCGACGAUGCGAGGACUGGUGUCUUUUAUUGCUGACCUGAGAAAUGCCCGCGCCCGCGAGCUCGAGGAGAAGCGGAUCAACAAGGAAUUAGCCAACAUACGGCAAAAGUUUAGAGAUGCUGGACUGAAUGGCUACCAGAAGAAGAAAUACGUCUGCAAGCUCCUGUACAUAUACAUUCUCGGAUGGAACGUCGAUUUCGGACACCUCGAAGCGGUCAACCUCGUCUCGGCGACCAAGUACUCGGAAAAGCAGAUUGGAUACCUCGCCGUCACCCUAUUCCUACACGAAGAACACGAGCUCCUCCACCUGGUCGUCAACAGUAUCAGAAAGGACUUGCUGGACCACAAUGAGCUCAACAACUGUCUGGCACUGCAUGCGAUUGCCAACGUCGGCGGCAAGGAGCUGGGAGAGGCCUUGAGCGCAGAGGUUCAUAGGCUCCUCAUCUCACCGGCUUCCAAGGCAUUUGUCAAGAAGAAGGCAGCGCUCACACUACUGCGGCUGUACCGGAAACAUCCUGCAAUUGUCCAGCAUGAGUGGGCCGAACGGAUAAUAUCGCUCAUGGAUGACCCCGACAUGGGAGUUGCCCUCUCCGUCACCUCGCUAGUUACAGCACUCGUCCAGGACAACACCGAGCAGUACAAGGGCAGCUAUGUCAAGGCCGCCCACCGGCUGAAGCGGAUUGUCGUCGACAAUGAAUGUGCAGAGGGGUACUUUUACUACAAGGUGCCUUGCCCUUGGAUACUCGUCAAGCUGCUCAAACUGCUGCAGUACUACCCACCUCCCGAGGAUUCGCAUAUCCGGUCCCUUAUUCGUGAAGCUCUACAGAAGAUCAUGGACUCGGCUCUCGAAAUGCCAAAGAAUGUGCAACAGAACAACGCUCAAAAUGCUGUCCUCUUUGAAGCCAUCAACCUUGUGAUUCAUCUUGACACGGAACAGGAUCUAAUGGUGCAAAUCUCACAGCGACUCGGCAAGUUUAUCGCCUCGAGGGAGACCAACGUACGGUACUUGGGACUGGAAGCAAUGACGCAUUUGGCUGCCCGAUCAGAAAACCUCGACCCUAUCAAGAAACACCAGGCUAUCAUCAUCGGAUCGUUAAGAGACAGGGAUAUCAGCGUGCGGAGACAGGGUCUGGAUCUGCUUUACAGCAUGUGCGACCCGACCAAUGCGCAGGCAAUUGUCAACGAACUCUUGCGCUACCUGCAAUCGGCCGACUACGCGAUACGGGAAGAAAUGGUGCUGAAGAUUGCCAUUCUGACCGAAAAGUACGCCACGGAUGUUCAGUGGUAUGUCGACAUAUCGCUACGGCUAAUUGCCAUGGCGGGAGACCACGUCAGCGACGAAGUAUGGCAGCGAGUUAUCCAGAUUACCACCAACAACGAGGAGCUCCAGGUGUAUGCCGCACAGACCAUCCUGCAGUACAUCAAGUCGGACUGCCACGAAACACUGGUCAAGAUUGGCGGAUAUCUGCUUGGAGAGUUUGGCCACUUGAUUGCGGAUAACAAAGGGUGCAGUCCGAUUGAGCAAUUCAUGGCACUGAGCGCAAAGAUGCGAGGCUGUUCUUCGAGUACGAGGGCCAUACUCCUCUCGUGCUACGUCAAGUACGUCAACUUGUUUCCUGAGAUCAAGCCACAGCUCCUGCAAACAUUCCGUGCCUACAGCCACUCACUGGACUCGGAGCUGCAGCAAAGAGCAUGCGAAUACCUUACCCUUGCUACGAUGCCGACAGACGACUUGUUGCGGACCGUGUGCGACGAGAUGCCACCGUAUCCAGAGCGAACGUCGGCCCUACUUUCACGGCUACACCAGAAACACGCCACCACUAGUGACAAGCGGACAUGGGUGAUUGGCGGCAAGGAUGCCAACGCAGAUGCCAAAGAAUUCGGACUGGCAAGACAAAACACAUCUGCCGGUGUCAAACGAAGCCUCACGGAGCCGGUAUCGAAAGAUGGCAAGACAAACGGUGCUAACGGCGUCAGCGCCAUUUCCAGCGACUUGGAGGGUCUCGAUCUGAACAUUGAUACGAACAGCAUGCCCAAGGCACCAAACCUCGCAAGCGCCGCCCAUUUGAGUCCGGACUGGGAGAUUGGAUACAAUCGCCUGCUUCUGCGGUCUGAAGGUGUGCUGUACGAGGACCAGCAGAUUCAAGUCGGGCUACGAACAGAGUACCGAGGGCAGCUGGGUGCUCUCAUCUUCUACUUUACGAACAAGUCGCAGUUCGCCAUGGGCUCCUUUACCACAACACUUGACAACAGGUCCUCGGAGACGCUCAAGACUGACAUCAAGGGUCUGCCCGACACGACAAUAGCGCCCGAGGGCCAGACGCAGCAGACCAUCAUGUUUGAAUGCAAGAAUGUCUUUGUCGACCCACCCACGAUCCGCAUAUCCUACCUCGCAGGUGCCCUGCAGGGCCUGACUCUCCAACUGCCGGUGCUUCUCCACAAGUACAUGGAGGGCGCCGAACUCAGCUCCGAGGACUUCUUCAAGCGCUGGAAGCAGAUUGGCGGUGCGCCCCGCGAAGCGCAGAGUAUCUUUGGCCUCGUCAACAAGAACAGGACCAUGGACUCGGACUUUGUGCAAAAGGUGGUCAAGGGCUUCAAAUGGGGCAUCGUGUCCGGCGUGGACCCCAAUGUGAAGAACGUGGUGGGCGCAACGGUGUUGCAUUCGAGCGAGGGCAAGUUCGGAUGUCUGCUUAGGCUGGAACCGAACUUUGAGACUCGGAUGUACCGCAUCACUAUCCGCGCCACUGACGAGUCGGUACCGCCCGUCUUGGUAAAGGCCAUGGAGAGCCGACUCGCACAAGGCAUCGAGGGUCUGGUCUAGGGCACCAGCCCACAGCCUUUGCAAACAAAAUAUUCUUACGCCGCGACCAGCACGGUCAAGGCACUAUUCCCGGCACAAUCUGAAUGUUCAUAACUUUAAUCACAUUGUUGGAGACUUGGGCGGGCACGCCUGGACAGAGGCUGCUCGUGUCAAGCCACGAGAGAAGAUGGAGGCGGCGCACAUACCCUUUAGUCAUAGCAUCAGCAAGCACACGUUGGACGGCCC